GGGAGGCCGCCGAGCCGAACCCUCUUCGCGCUGCACGCGAGCGCCGGAAGUGCGCGGCAGAGCAGGGCGCUGCGUGAGUCGGCCGCCCGGCGAAGAUGCUGCUGGACUUGUCCGAGGAGCAUAAGGAGCACCUGGCCUUCCUGCCGCAAGUGGACGGCGCGGUGGUGGCGGAGUUCGGGCGGAUCGCGGUCGAGUUCCUGAGGCGCGGAGCCAACCCCAAGGUCUACGAGGGCGCCGCCAGGAAGCUGGGCGUGAGCAGCGAGGCCGUCCAGCACGGCGUGGAAGGGCUGACCUACCUGCUGGCCGAGAGCGCCAGGCUCAUGAUUUCUGAACUGGAUUUCCAAGACUCGGUUUUUGUUCUGGGGUUCUCUGAAGAACUGAACAGAUUACUGCUUCAGCUUUACCUGGACAACAGAAGGGAGAUCAGAACUAUUCUGGGUGAACUGGCACCCAGCCUUCCCAGUUACCACAGCCUCGAGUGGCGGCUCGAUGUACAGCUAAUGCGUGCACAUGCUGCCCGCCACAGGCAGCCCCUCCCCUGUACACGUCAGUCUAUAGCAGCUGAGGAGAUCGGUCAAGAUUAUUUCAGACCACAAAUGAGAAUGAUUGCUCUGAAAACUGGACUGAAUCUCACUGGUUACUCACAGUUCAUAGAAGAGCUGGCCUCUCCACUGUCAUGUAUAUUUAAAAAGAUAAAUAAAAAGAAAGAAAAGCUGAUGAUUAAAGUGAGAGUACUUUCAGGAAGGAACAACUGCGUCACAAUACAGUGUCACUGGAGGUUGAGAAGAUGAAACACUUAGGAUUUGGUCAGAAAAAAGCUGCACAUGUCAUACUGUACCUUCAAGUUUUACAGUUGGGAGUGGAUGGCUGGCUUAGAGAAGUCAUUCCCUUGUCAUUAGCAUCCUUAGGUGUUUGUAGACAACCCCAGAAAAGACCAUUUUUAAGUAUUAGUUGAUGUAACCAUAUGUCCAUUCAGUUUUCAAACCACUUAUUAGAUUUCUGGAGCAUGCCAGACCUUGUAGCCGUGGUGCUGUGGUUUGGAUGCGUAGGUUAUCCAGGCCCAUGUGUUAAAGACGUGUUCGUCCUGUGGUACUGAUGGAAGGUGAUGGAAACCUGAAGAGGUGGAGUCUAGUGGAAGGAAGUUAGGCAGUUGAGGGGUCUGCCCUUGAAAAGGACACUGGGACUCUGCCCCUUCCCAGCUCUCUGUUAGUUCUUUGCCUCCAUGAGGUAAAUAGUUCUGCUCACCACUGGCUCUCACCAUGAGCCACAGGCCCAGAAAAAACAGGACCAAUUAAAUGUGAACUCGAACCUUGGGAAGUAAAAUCCUUGAGCCAAAAUACACCUUUCUUCCCAUUAAGUUGAUUAACUCUGGUAUUUUGUCAAGGUAAGAGAAAGCUGACAAAUAUGUGUAACAAUGAAAAAAUAUCAUACUUGCCUUUAAGUCAUCACAGUUUUAUAAAAGACAAAAAUGUAACUAAAAUUUAGCAAUUAUAUUCAAGCAUGAUGAGUAGCCAUGAUGACAGGAUGUGGUGUAAACUAGAUGGCAUGCUCUAUGAGAGCAGGUACUGUGGGCCCAGCACAGUACCUGGCACCUAAAAGGCAUUCAGUGCUGAAUAGAAAAAGUUGGUGGACAGGGAAGAUGUAGUAAAUUAUUUAUCAAACGUUUGUUACCUAUCAGUCAUAUGCCAGGUGUUAUGGCUACAGCAAUGAACAAGAUACAGUUCAUGUUCCUAGGGCAUGAACAGAAAGUCAUGUGUGGCCAUGGCAUGGAGAGCCCGGUGUUUAAACUUGUGUGUUCAGGUCUUUUUUUAAGGACCAGGUGGAGAUGUGGGGAUGCUCAUACUUAGGCAGUAAUUUGUAGAUAAUUACCUCUCUCGUGUGCAUGUUCUCGGACUUUUAGAACUUGGUAAGGGCUCAGGAACUCCUAAGAGUCUUUUUUUGGACUCUUAGGACUCUUACUUUGAUUUUCCAUAUCACGAAGACAUUUUUAGAAGUUAGAAAUCAAGAGAUUGAGAAAUUAAGAAAUCGAAUUUUCUAAAAUUAAACUUGAAGGUUCAUUUGCUCAGUGAAAUGAGUUUGAAUUGCUGCAUUAUACAAGGACUAGUGCAAGAUAAUGUUAAAGACAUACUGAAUGACUUGCACUUUAUGAUGAAAUACAUUUAAAGCUAAAAAAGCUACUCAGAACUAAUUGAGUUCCUGAGUUCAUUAGAUGAAACUUUUACAAGGGAUUUUAACUGGAGUGGAUUCUCCUGUUUGGGGGAAGAAAACGUGACAGAUAGCACCAGCUAAAUGAAUAGGAAACGAAUAACAGGAUAUGUUGCCUUUCACCUCUGAGUAACUGACUUGUUUUGUGGAGACUGGUAGUGGAUGGACAGUCACCAUCUGAUUAUUGUGUGAUUGCUUGGUAAACAAAGUGAUCGUUAUAGUUUAGUUUCUUGUAGGAGCAUUUCCCCAGACUUCAUAAAUUAUCAGCACAAUUGAUGUCCUUCUUAAUAGCAUAUGUAAAUUGGGUACAUCUGGGGCUGAUGCGGAAGAAUGUUACUUUGGGAACUGGUUCAUUUACAACUGCAUCAAAGCAUCCUUUUCCUGUCCUGUUCAGUAUUACGGUAUUUGCUCUAAGGCAAGUAGAGGGUUAAAUUCUUAUAGCAACUUUAACUAAAUGAAACAUGACCUUUGUAUCCUGUUCCCUACUUUUUUUUGGCCAGGUUACCUUUGAGAUACAGUUCUUCACACUAAACAUUUCCCCCCCUAAUUUGCAUUGCAUACAUUUUAGUUUAAAUUUGCUAUUAUUGUUAUAUUUACAGGAAGGACAGAAUUUCAUCCCCAUUAAAAAAUAAAUUUGUAUCAUU